AUGUUGCAGGAAGCAACAAAAGCAAAUUAUGGAUUUAGACCUAGUUACAGGAAGGUCUGGAUGGCAAAGCAGAAGGCAAUAGCACAUAUAUAUGGAGAUUGGGAAGACUCGUAUGCCGAGUUGCCACGUUUGAUGUUUUGGGUUCAAUCCACCAUGGUAGACACGGUUGCAGUGUUGAAGACUUCUCCGGUUAGAGUUGGGAAUCAAGUCGAUGAAUCUACAUUCUACUUUCAUCGUUUUUUCUGGACAUUUCUAUCUUGCAACGAGGCCUUUCAGCAUUUAUGGAGGUACUUUGCUACUGGCUAUAGCGCAAGACAAAACUCGAACAUCUUGCCGAUAGUGUUCGCACUUGUGGAGGAAGAAAAUGCGGAGUCGUGGUCUCUUUUCUUGUCCAAUCUACGACAGCAUGUGACGCCACAGAAAUGUAUUCUUGUUAUCUCCGACAGACAUAACGGCAUUGAGGUUGCCCUUGAGGCCCCUGAUAGUGGUUGGCUACCUCCACGUGCUUAUCGAGCAUUCUGUAUUCAUCAUGUGGCGGCAAAUUUUAACCUGAGCUUCAAAGGUCAAGACGCGAGAAGGCUAUUGGAGAAUGCUGCAUAUGCGAAGACCGAGACAGAGUUUGAUUACUGGUUUGACAUUAUGUGGACUGAGAACCCGACUAUGUGUGAUUGUGCCAACCGAAUGAAAUAUGACAAGUAG